GAUCGUUGGCGGCGCUGUUUUACCACGGCUCUUUUCAGACAACUGGAUACUUCAGUUUAGUUUGUUGAACUCCAUGUUGACGUGUCUGAUUACCGGCUUUGCUACCACAAAAACGGUGCUCUAUAUUAGUUCUGCACUGAGCCUCAUAAAAAACCUUUCGUUCCCUAUGAUACGAUCACAACUCUCCAAGGUGUCUGCACAACACGAGAAAGGCUUGAUGCUGGCUUUCAUUGGCUGCAUGGAUGGACUGUCUGCUUUCUUAUCACCGCUCAUCUCCAAUUCCAUCUACUCCAAGACACUUUAUUUCUAUCCCCCUUUCGUAUUUUUCUUUCUGGCUGUUCUCCAAAUCAUCCCUUGCAUCAUUACUGCAUUCUUGCAAUACAGCCAAAGGAACACAUACACUCAACUUGUAAACGAAAGCAGCGAGAAGGAGAACUGAAUGAGAAGAAAUCUAUUUAUUCAAAUGCUCGUUCACGUAUGACGUGGUAAAC